AUGGAGAAAUAUUUUAAACGAAAAUUCGAAUGUUCAAGUGGAGAGCAAAUUAAUUCUGAAACGAGUGUUCAAAAAAAACAAGUUGUCCAAGAAGAAAUAGAAUCAAAUACCGGGAGUCAAAGAGAUGUUUGGGAUAAAAUUGAUUUAGCAGAAUUACCUUCGGAUCCUGGAUUAAGAACUCCAAUUGCGAAUUAUAAUGUUAAUGUUCAGGAUGAAAUUCGAAGAGCAUACGUACAAAAGGGUCCAUGUCAGCCUCGAAAUCACUUGUGUCCACAGAAAGAAUUUGGAGAUUCGUCGUUAAGACGAUUUAAAACUUCAUGGUUUAAUGACUUUCCUGAUUGGUUGGAAUACAGUAUAGCAAAAGAUGCCAUAUUUUGCUUUUAUUGUUAUCUUUUCAAACCAAAUAGUGAAGAACAUGGUGGUGGUGAUUCUUUUAUUGAUGGAGGAUUCUCAAAUUGGAAAAAGAAAGAAAGGCUUCAAAUUCAUGUCGGGAAAAGUGGUAGUGCGCACAAUCGAGCUCGGAUUAAGUAUGAGGCUUUUGUGAAUCAGAAACAAAAUAUUGAUUGUCGGUGUGAUCUUCUUCGAGAGAAGAAGAGGCUUGAAGUUGUUGAAUCAUUAAAUCUUGGUGAAAUCUCAAGUAGAAAGGGCCUUAAUCAAGAAACUACUCUCAAGCGACCUGGUGAUACUCGUUGGGGCUCUCACUAUAAUUCUUUACUUAACUUGAUUAUCAUGUUUUCUGCUACAGUUGAUGUCGUUGAGAUGAUUACCACUGAUGAUACUAGUUGUGGAAAGCGAGGGGAAGCACGUAUUUUGUUGGGAUUUAUGUUGACAUCUGAUUUUGUAUUCAGUUUGCAUCUCAUGAAAAAGGUAUUGGGUAUUUCAGAUGAAUUGUCAAAAUCAUUACAAAGAAGAGAUCAAGAUAUUGUCAACGCUAUGAAAUUAGUGAAAAUAAGUAAAGAACGACUUCAAGCAAUGAGGGACAAUGAAUGGGAAUCAUUUUUAAGAACAGUUUCCUGCUUCUGCGAAAGAUACAAUAUUGAUGUUCCCAAUAUGGACGAUAUGUUUAUACCUCUAGGCCGUUCACGGCGUAACACUCAAGAAAUUACAAAUCUUCAUCAUUUUCGUGUGGAUUUCUUCUAUGCUAUCAUUGAUAUGCAAAUUCAAGAGUUGAAUGAUCGUUUCUCUGAGGUAAAUAGUGACUUACUCCUUUGUGUUGCAUGCUUGUGUCCGGAUAAUUCAUUCUCUGCUUUCAACAAGGAUAAGUUAAUUCAAUUGUGUGAGUAUUAUCCCAAAGAUUUUAAACCAAUAGAGAUCUUGGCAUUUGAAGAGCAAAUUCAGACGUAUAUUAUUGAUAUGCGCUCUCACAAAGAUUUUGAAGGGUUACAAGGCCUUAAUGAUCUUGCAGAAACCUUGGUUGUGACGAAAAAACAUGAGGUGUACCCAUUAGUUUACAGGCUUGUAACAUUGGCGUUAAUUCUUCCAGUUGCAACUGCUACGGUAGAAAGAAUAUUUUCUGCAAUGAAGAUUGUCAAGAAUCGACUACGUAAUCGAAUGGGAGAUCAAUGGUUAAGUGAUAGUUUGGUUGCAUAUAUUGAAAGCGAUGUACUUGACAAUAUUGAUAACGAUGUAAUUAUACGACGUUUUCAAAGUAUGAAAACGCGUAGGCUACAAUUGUAG